GCAGUUAGCAGAGGAGAGUAGAGUACUGUUCGUGCCUUCCAGUAUCACACAGUCGCCGCCUGUUCGCGCCCUCCUACUCACGUGGCUGCCGUGAGCCGAGCGACGCAGAUGGUGAGCGCCGGCCGCUCAAUGCAGCGCAUUGUUAUUGCGAGCGGGCAGCUGCGGCGUCUUCAGGGCUGAAAGCGAGGAUAGAGCCAUUUUCACGCGCCUCUGGAGACCUACAUUCACUACUGACCGUCUCAGGCACCGCCCGUGUCUUGGAGACAGGCUGACACUCCAGCUCAAUGUCUACUACCAACAUCAUCCAGCCCACAUAUUCAGCAGUCAAGGUUGACUGUGUACCUAUUCGACAUCCAUAAACAUGCCAGGCGUGCAAGAAACUAGCAAGACCGCGCCAGAGAAAGCAGCUUCAAUCGUGCAGGACCAUGGGGAUUUGGAUGCCAUCAACACGGCCAUCGAUCGCAUGCGCGCGGUCACUGAGCCUGAUCCGUACGUGCUCACCAUCCCUCAGGACGUUGAGCCUCGCUAUCAUCAUGCCUAUCAGUACGCGGCGACUCAGUGGCUACACCAAGCUCCGUUUCAGUGGAAAGAGGGUGAGCUGGUGCAGUACCAGACUUUCGUGUAUCACGAGCCUGGUAAGGAGAUGUAUGUGCAGCAUCCAACGAGACCGAAGGAGCCAACAGAUGGCGCGUUAGGUCAAGCGAAGGGACAGGUUAGACCAGCAACUGCGGUGGGUACGCCGAAUACGAACGUCAUGCCGAAGAAGACGAUCAGCCUAGAUGCGUACAAGAAGAAGCAGACUGGUGGCUCGACGCCUGCGCAGCAAAAGCCUAGCAAAACCGAGAAGCACGCUGAAGCUGCGCCAGCCAAGUCCGCCGUCGUUAAGGGACCGUCAGAGAGAGUGAAGGUUGAGACGGAGGAGGUGCUAGCCGCGGCGGCAGCGGCAGCGGAAGAGGACGCCGUCGUCUCUGACCCACCAGUCAAGCCAGAUGCUGCUGAUGUGAUUCGCAAGCGCAAGCGGGAGGCUGAAGAUACAGUGCAAACUAAGCGGCAAGCUGCAAUUGAGCAGGCAGGCGAACAGCCUGCGGAGAAGAAGGCGCGUACUGAGUCACUCCCCCAUGCGCAUGAGGGAGCGCGCACUGAGUCACUUCCGUUUGCGCCUGCCAACACUAAGGAGGCACCACCGCUCCAUCAUAACGAGUCUCCACUGCCGGAGAAGGCCGCCACGCUACGGGAUGACAGGCAGGAGGAUGAUGAUGAUGCAGGGUUGCCGCCGAGGCUGUCGCCUCUGAAUGAGUCGUCUCUGCCCGAACGUCUUUCACCUACUAUACCUGCCAAUAUCGCUGCGACUCUGAAAGCGCGGGAGCGGUCCAAGCAUACCGGUUCCGAUAGCUCUACGUCAAGCGUGCUGACAAAGAACGGCAAGCUUACGCCGAUACAACCCACUGAAGGCGUCACGAAGCGGAAGUCGCCGAUUCCGCGCAACGGCUUUCGUGCUCACUCCAGCUCACCUGCCAUGCGCUCGGAUGCGGAAGACAACGGGCGGUCAGCAGCGAUAUCUGCGCCGCCGCCCCGCGUGCAGACUCCCGAGCUGUCACGGGAGGACAAGAUUACGGUCGCCAAGGUUAUGGAGACAAAGCGUACGCAGACGCCGGAGCUUGUCGUUAAGUUCAAGGUCAAAAAGCACCAACGAGAAGCUGUUAGGAGGAUCUUGAAAAUGCGGCCAAAUCCAACCAGGACUGCUGAACUGUCCGCUCAACAGACAAAUACUGUUGUUGAAGAGCCGAGAUCUGACAAGCCGGCAGCAAACGCGGCGAAGAAGCGCGAUCCUAAUGCGAAAGGUGUUGCGCAGAGAGUAGGCCCGCCUCCCGCAGCAGUCAACGGCGCAGCAAAGCAACAGGAAAGCAAGCGAACCUCUAGCGAAGAGCGGUCGCACACACAGAGUGCAGGACCGGUGACCAGCAGAAAGCGACCUGCGCCAUCUGCCGACACCACGAAGCCGACAGAGGCAAAGAAGGACACGCCGAGGCAGGCCGAAACCGCAAACGAAGAGCCUCCAGCUAAGCGCAGGAAGGCGCCUGCCGACCUUGAGACGACCAAGAACCCAAGCACGCCUAUUCAGCCUGACCUACCGUCGCCCGCUAUGUUGUCUAGCGCACAUAAGUCCCAACAAGCCACGCCCAGCUUCCGCAAAGACCACCUCUCAGCCAUCGCCAUGACGCGUGAGCAUUCCGUCCACAGCAACGCAGAUACGCCAUCAGCGAAGUCGAACACACCCCUCGCGGAUGGCCACGCCUCGCAACCCAACGGUACUAAUACCGCUAGGCCGCCGUCCAGCCAGCCGAGCAAUAAGACGCCGUUGCAGCAAGCUUGGGAGACGGAGCAGAAGCGGCUGGAGACUCUUGGUCGAGACCUGAAGCAUGCCGCACAAUCUCACCUCAACGCCCUCAAGCUCGUGCACUCAGAUCCCGCCGCUCCGUUGAAAGAGCAGAAGCUGGCAGCAGUGAAAUCCAUUGAGUCACUGCUAGCCUACUUCCUCGCCUUCACCUCCGCGGACGAAGCCGCACUCGCAGCCGACCCCAAGCAGCCUCCGCCGAGUAGGAAUUGGCGGACCUUGCACGGCUUUUUCAGUUUCGUCAAGCGGAGUUGCGAAGCCUUCCCACUGCUGAGCGGCUUGGCGAGCCAUCUUGGCGUCGUUUACUGCGGGCAUAUUCUAGACUUGUCGACGCUGUAUGCUGCCAAUGCCAAGAACCUUGGUCUGGAUGCGGUGGCGGAGACGCAUCGGACGCUGCUUAGGAGCGUUCGAGAGGGCGAGGAGAAGCUUGAUAUUGAAGCGUUGCAGUCUGAUUUUCCUGUGGCGUGGAGCCGGCGGGCGAAGGGCGCGGUGGCGUCGAAUGCCGUGAAAGCCGGCGCUUUCGCUGGUGCGUAUAAGCUGCCUCUAGGCCUCCAGAGUUCGCCGGUCGUGGCUACGAGGGCCGGUUACACGAUGCUCGAGGAGUGGGUUGGGAAGCAAGGGAUGGAGUACAGCUUGCAGCUAAAGCUUUAGUCAGUGAGCAGCUUGUGGGUGGAUGAUCUAACUUUAGCGAGGCGUUUUGGAUGAGACCACGGGAUGAUACCCAUAUGGCAUGUUGAGUGGCUCGAGUGCAUGAUCAAUUCAUUAUCAUUAUACAACAUUAUCUUCUCGAUUUGUACAGGGCAUAUAUGCCACAG